CUUAAUUUUCCUAACAAAAAAUGGAGGGUGUCUUCAUGUUUGAUACUUCUUAAUUGCUUCAUUUCCUCAUUUCAAGUCUUUCAAGCAUUAACUACAGCAUGGAUUAGAGUUAGACUAUACUAAUUAAUUCAAUGUCUUAAGUGGAUGGCUUUUUAUUCUCUUCUAUUUUCUUAAUCUUGGCAUGUUUGUGUGUUAACCUCUCAACACUAAUCAACCUCAUGAUGUGAAGUCUUCUAGAUAAUUAGCAAUAAGGUGUAAACUUUCAAGCCUGUUUUGGUUCAUCAAAACAUUCAAAGAAAAAGAAGGAAGAAAAAAAAUUGGAAAAAUGAGUUAUAGUGUAUCUAGAAAAAGAUCAUUACCUAUGUGUAGUUUCAUUGGUUCCUCUUCCUCCAAUGAAAAUUUGAGAAUUCCAAAAUUGUCACUUUCAAGUGACAAAAAUGGUUCCUCCUUAGGUCAAGAGCCUCAGGAUGCAGAUUAUGUUCUACCAUGUCUCAGUGAUGAGAUAGAGACAAUGAUAUUGUCAAGGUUUCCAAUAUCAAAACAUUGGAAAUUAUGUUGCUUAAACAACAAGUAUUUGAAUUUAAUGAAGAGUGGUGAAAUUUAUAAGAUAAGGAGAAUGAUAGGGUUGAAAGAAUCAUUAGUUUUUAUGUUAGCAAGUGGUGAAAGGAAUUGGUGUUUGUUUGAUGGUGGAUUCAAGUCAUGCAAGAAACUUCCUAUUAUUCCAUCUGAUUACAAAUUUGAAUUUGGUGUUAAAGACUCCUUUUCAGCUGGCACACAUUUGUUUGUUUCAGGUAUGGAGAUGGAUGGAGCAGUUAUUUGGAGGUAUGAGCUAACAACAAAUGAAUGGUUUAAAGAUCCAUCAAUGAUAAUACCAAGGUGUCGUUUUGCAACAGCUUCUUGUGACACUUUUGCUUAUGUUGCUGGUGGACUUGAAACUGAAAACUGUAUUCAAGUUCUAAAUUCAGCUGAAAAAUACAAUUCAGAAAACCAAACAUGGGAAAAACUUCCAAACAUGAACCAAACGAGAAAAUCUUGUUCAGGUUGUUACUUGGACAACAAGUUUUAUGUGAUUGGAGGACAAGAUGAGAAAGACAAGGAUCUAACAUGUGGCGAAUUCUUCGAUGAAAUGACCAACAAAUGGUAUUUGAUUCCAAACAUGUUGAAAGAUAUUGUUCUUUCGAGUUCGAGAUCGCCUCUUAUAGCUGUUGUUAACAAUGAAUUGUACACACUUGAUGCUUCAUCAAAUGAGGUUAAGGUUUAUGUGAAAGGUACGAAUUCGUGGAAGAAAUUAGGGUUUGUUCCUGUUCGAGCCGAUAAAUUACAAGGUGGUUGGGGUGUAGCUUUCAAAUCUUUGGGAAAUGAAUUGAUUGUUAUUGGUACUACUUCUAACUCUUGUUAUACUUGUUUGCCUCAUCCUGAUUUGGAGGUUUUGGAAUGGAAGCAAAUUGUGUGUGGUAGUGGAAAUCAUAAUCCUUUUAUUCACAAUUGUGCUGUGAUGUUAGCUUGAGAAGUUAAAGUUUGAAGUUUGAAGUUCAUGGAAUAAGUGGAGUUUCUUGGAAACGAAGGAAGAAAAAGUUGAAGGUUAAUGUGGACUUUUAUUUAUGUGUGUGUGUUUUUUUUUUUUUUAUGAAGAAUAAAAACUUAGCCAAGUUGGGUCUCCAAAGACUCACUAGGGUUAAGGAAAGUCUAAAGAUUAAGAGAAAGUUAAGAAAAAUAUUUACUUAUAAUCCAACAACGAGAUUCUCACAUCGACAGAAAAGUUUAAACUCAAGUCCUUGUGAAAUCUAAGGUGAACUCUUACCAAUUGGAGCAAUCUUCGUUGUUGGCGGAAUUCUCUUUUUUACUUUUCAAACUUUCUAGCUAGCUUGUAAGCCUUAUUCAAAAAGAAAAAUGUUUUUCUAGUAAUUAAGCCAUAUAUGGUUUCAUUUCAUGAAACUACUUGAUGAUCAUUGGCUUAAUAUCUUACCAAGCUUGUUUAUGUAUCUUGUUCCUUUUAUCUUUAUACUAUGCAUGGAAUGAAAAAGGUAAAUGCACCAUCUAUGGAUGCUUAUGUAAUAAUAUGAGAGGUAAAUGCACCUUUUAAUCUUCAAAGUUCUAAUGCAAAAGUGUUGUU